GAGUCAAAGGAUUCUAAGAUAUAUAUAUAUAAUAAUAAACUUAAAUCUCAGCUUCUGCUAGUCGCCACUGUGACCAUUGCCACAGCAUUGGUCUUUCCUGGAUCAUCAUACCGAUAUUCCUGUAACUGGAAUACAGGUCAAUACAAAUGCACCCAUGUGCGGUGCUCACAUUCCUUCGAUGGUAAAGAAAAUUGCUCCACCAGCGUUACGAGUCCAAAUGUUUCAGGAGGUCCUAGAAUUAUAUCCAUGGGAACUCCUGUAACUAACCGGUACUCUUGUGACUGGAAUACAGGUUCAUAUAAAUGCACACAUACUCAUUGCAUACAUUAUCACGAUGGCAAUAAAAAUUGCACUACCAAAGUUACUACACGAAACAACUAAGCCGGCGCAGCUCUAAGAAGUAAUCAGAAUUAUCAAAUCCCUGGGGCACACGGAGGUGUACCGCCUUUCA